AUGGCGCGUUGGAUGUUGAAUUCGUGGCCGUUGCUGCUGCUGCUGGUUGCGGCUAGUCAACAGGCUCGUCUGCCGCCGGUGGAGGAUGUGGUGCAGCUGGAAACGAAAGGAUAUCAGGCCUUAUCGGGAUCGUUUGAAACGCGCGAGGAUAACAACAGCGAGGAUAACUAUCGAUUGCCCAACAAUACGGUGCCCAUAGCCUACAAUGUGGAGCUGUGGACACAAGUUCACAAUGGCACUCGUAACUUUAGUGGCAGUGUCACGAUCGACCUGCAGGUGCUCGAGGCCUCCAAUACAAUUACUCUGCAUGCGCGUCAAACUGAAAAUUUUGAAGCCAUACUUCAAAGCAAGGAUUCUGCGACGAGUGCACCGAUAAGUCUGAAUGUGAAUUAUGAAAACACACGCGAAUUUCUGACCUUCAAACCGGUCGACGACACAAUAAGCUUUGCCAAAGACAGUAACUGGACGCUAAGCAUCAACUAUACGGGUCUGUUGCGCAACGAUAUGGGCGGUUUUUAUAUAUCCACCUACACGGAUGACAGCAAUGUCGUACACUAUCUGGCCACCACACAGUUCGAGAGUACCAAUGCGCGUCACGCCUUCCCCUGCUACGAUGAGCCAGCCAAGCGGGCCAACUUUACGAUUACCAUCCAUCACGAUCCCAGCCACAAUGCCAUCAGUAACAUGCCAGUGAAUGAAGCCGAAUCGAGCAACGGCAAAACGGUUUUCCUAACAACACCCAAGAUGUCCACCUAUUUGAUAGCCUUCAUUGUCUCGGAGUUUGAGUCCACAGGCGGCGAGCUAAAUGGUUUACCCCAACGUGUAUUUUCGCGCAAGGGCAAGCAGGAUCAACAGGAGUGGACCCUCUGGUCCGGCCUAGUAGUUGAGGCAAGCUUGGAAAAAUAUCUUGGUGUGCCGUUUGCGCUACCCAAACUAGAUCAAGCGGGCAUACCGGACUUUUCAGCCGGCGCCAUGGAGAAUUGGGGCCUAGCCACCUAUCGGGAGCAGUACAUGUGGUGGACCAAGGAGACAUCCACGAUUAAUCUCAAAACGAGCAUUACUAAUAUUAUUGGACACGAGUAUGCGCACAUGUGGUUCGGAGAUUUGGUAUCGCUCAAAUGGUGGACCUAUCUGUGGCUCAAAGAGGGUUUCGCCACCCUCUUUUCAUAUGAAUCCAAUGAUAUAGCCUUUCCAGAAUGGAAUACCUAUCAGAUCUUUCAUGUGAGUGACUACAACAGCGCCCUGAUAAAUGAUGCUUCCAUAUCUACGCCCAUGUCGCACUACGUCCAAACACCCAAUGAGAUAUCGGGACGCUAUGGUACCAUAUCCUAUGCCAAGCCAGCCAGUGUGUUGUACAUGUUCAAGAAUGCGUUUACCGAUGCUGUGUUUCGACGUGGCCUAAACAGAUACCUAACUCAAAAUCAAUACAACUCCACAGACGAGUGGAAUUUGUUCGCCUCACUGCAGGAGGCAGCCGAUGAGCUUGGCCUCAAAUUACCCGCUGGGGUUCCUGACAUAUUCUCCAGCUGGUCCACACAGGCUGGUUUUCCCUUGCUAACCGUGGAGCGUAACUAUGAGACUGGCACCUUUACCAUUAAACAGCAACGUUAUCUCAAUGACAAGGAUGCUGCAAAUGAAGCCACCUGGCAUGUGCCCAUCAACUGUGCUUCCGCCUCCAAUCCCGAUUAUCGCAACACCACCGCCUCCCACUAUUUGCUCAAAGUAAAGGAGCUGACAGUGAGCGAUGUACAAAUAUCGAAGGAUGACUGGUUGAUUCUAAAUAAACAAUCCACUGGCUUUUAUCGUAUAUUGUACGAUGAGGAGAACUAUCGGCUAAUUUCGCAGGGUCUACUAGAGCAGCCCUACGCCUUCCAUACGCGCAAUCGGGCUCAGCUGAUGCACGAUGCGUAUCGCUUCGUGGAUACGGGUCGCCUUAGCCAGGCCACACUGUUUCAGCUGAUGGCAUAUUUGAGAAAUGAGGAUCAGUAUGCGCCCUGGUCCACAGCCAAUAGCAUAUUAACUAUUUACGACACAUAUCUACGCGGUGAUGUGAAUUACGUGCAUUUCCGCGAGUUCGUAAUCGAACUGGUCGAGAAUAUCUUCAAUAAGCUGGGCGUCAACGAGAUUCCUGGUGAACACUAUCUAAACAACUAUCUGCGCGUGACCCUAGUCAGUCUGGCGUGCCAGGUAGGCAGUCCCAAGUGCUAUCAACAGUCGCAUGAAAAACUGCAGGAUUCUCUGAAUAAUGGAGCUCCCAUCGAGCCCACACUGAGGACACAGGCCUAUUGCGCCGGGCUGCGCGAGGCCGAGGAUACAACCUUUAAUUUAGUUGUUACCAAUCUGCUGAACUCCAAUGAUGCCACCGAUCGCAGCACAUAUAUCUCUUCGCUAGGCUGCGCGCAGAAUGCCGACCAGCUGAAGAGAUUUGUAGCGUACUCCAUCGACGAUACAAACAAUCUAAGCUAUUCGGAGCGCACCUCCGUAUUGAGUGCUGCCUACACCAGGAGCGAGGCGGGUCUGACGGCUAGCUUGGACUUCUUGGAAGCGAAUUGGAAGGCUUACGGUGACCUGGGCACAGGCACUCAAAAGCCACUGGACUCAGCGUUGCGUGGCAUUGCCAGCUCGGUGGUUAGCGAGUCGCAAAAGAAUCGCCUUAAUGCGCUGGUGGACACAGUCAGGACCAACGGAGCUGAGUAUCUCGCAGAUAACACAGAGACCGCUGUACAGGCCAACAUGAAGACCAACUUCGAUUGGUUGGAUGUGCAUCGUGAUCCGGUCAUAAACUGGCUAGUUGCCUAUCGCACCAACGGCAGCAGCUCCCUCUCUGCCUCGACUUUCGCCAUACUGGCAAUGUUCGUAACUCUGCUUUUGUGCAGAUUCAAUUGAAUUCAGAAUUCUAGAAAAUAAAUCGAUAACAAAUCUAAGGAAUUCC